UUUUGUUCUGUUGCGUUUCCCCGCUCCCCGCCACCGGCUAGCUCUGAACGUCUGAUUACUUAGCUCGGUGCUCAAAGCAGGACACAACUUGACAAUGCCGGAGCGCCGGCCGCCCGGAUUCACGGCCACCAACUCCACUCCACUGGCGCUCGCUCCUAAGUACGACUGUUAAUCCUUCAUUUCUGCGUUCCUAUCCGCCCGCGGCAGAACGCGCUAUAAAAGGCCACGCUCCAUCAAUCUUCUCUGCAAGCUCAAGUCCCACUGUCACCGUCGUCGUUGUAGCUAGCGGUGCGAGCGCGAUGGCUCUGGGAAGAGGCAGUGCGAGCAAUGGCGCCGUCGUUCUCGGCGCGGCGGUGCUGUUGAUCGGCUUUCUUGUGAUGAGCGGCGGCCCGCCGCUCGCCGAAGCAGCGAAAUACACGGUCGGCGACUACGGGGGUUGGAAGUUCAACGUCGCCGGGUGGACCAAAGGCAAGACGUUCCGCGCUGGCGACGUGCUCGAGUUCAAGUAUAACGGCGCGGUGCACGACGUGGCGGCGGUGGACGCGGCGGCGUACCGGAGCUGCUUGCUGCCCAAGGGCAAGAAGGCGCUGCGCAGCGGGCACGACAAGGUGAAGCUCGUCAAGGGCACGCACUACUUCAUCUGCACCGUGCGCGGCCACUGCCAGGCCAACAUGAAGAUCGCCGUCAAUGUCAUCUAGCUUGUCGAUCAAAACCUUCCGAGUCAAAGCAUGUCGCUUAAUGUGUACUACAUCAAUGUUUAGUUUGCGUCUUUCAUUUAGUGGCGUGCGUUUUGGUUUCCUGAGUUUUUUUUUUCAACAUGGGGUAUUCUCGAGCUUCUGCAUCAUGAUGAUGCACACGACCAUUCAUUAAAAGAAGGUUCAAAAUGGGAGUGGAGUUUUGGCUCCCGGGUCCAA